AUAGCGCUGAAGAGAAGUGUCCAAAAUUCAAAUAUACUGAGGAAGGGAAGAUCGAGGGGUACCCCUUUUUGUCAAGGGCACAGUACACGGUGCCUAUCUGUCCAACAUGUGAACCGUUCCUGUCUCCCUCUCUUACAAUAUCUAUACAUACACACACAUAAUGUAUCUAUAUAUAUGCACACAACUGUCAGGUCGAUCGCUCUGAUAAUUCAUUCAUGGGGGUGUCAUUUAAGUGAGGACAAAAGCAGCCUAGGAUUUGAGUCUGAUUCUCUACUUGGUUUCUUCCUUCCUAGCUAGCCUCCACUGAUCAUCUCCUAUAUAUAUAUAUAUAUGUCGUCUUCUUGCACCUUUCAACUAAAACUACUCUCAUUUGUCUCAUCAACCCAAUAGAAAGAAGGAAAAUAGUAAAUAGAAAUUAAGAUCAGUAGUGGUUAAGAAGAAUGAAUUAUAAUGGUGUGUUGGGCAGUAGUGCUGAUGCUUCACAGUGCUCCAGUGUCCGUGAUUGUGAAUCUGGGUGGACUCUUUACUUGGAUGAUCAUCAGGCUUUGAUCUCUUCUUCCAGAAACGAUAUUAUUAUUGAUAAUAAUAAUCGUUUCCAGUUCGUUUACACAAGUACUGAAGAAGAGGACCUGUCUAUGGUCUCUGAUGCAUCUUCAGGGCCCCCAAUUAUCCCCUUUGACAAUAAUAAUAUUGUUUCUGAUCAUCAUCAUCAUCAUCAUCAUCAUGAAGGCUGUUUCUGCCAUUUACUUGAUGAUGAGGCUGAUGCCACAUUCCCUAUUGCCAAGAAGAUCGAGAAGAAGAAGAACGACUGUAGAAGUGGGAAGCUUCCAGAACAUCGUUCAUCUUCCCUUGAUGACACGGCGGCCAGCUCUCCUCCUGUCGUCAGCUUCCCAACCCAGAAGAACUUGACACUCACCAAGACUCAGGAGUGUUCUUCCAUGGAGAAUAUCUCUGCAAACACGCUUCCAGGGCGGUAGAUCUGCAUUACGUGAGCCCUUGGACUUCUUCCAGUCUUCUUCUCCUCAACUAAACCAUCAGAUGGUUUGGAGGGCAAUGGGGACGAGAGAUUCUGAUUUCUGAAGCCCAGAAGGCAGAAAAAACAGCUGGAUCUUCAAACUCUAAUCAAUAAAAGGGAUCUUCUAAUUCCAUGAUUUUAAUUAGUACCCUUUGAUGAUCAAUUAGUUAUAUUUUUAUUCUCCUCUUUGAUAUCCUCAAUAUGCUUCUUGGUGUCAAGGCAGUGGGAAACAACCUGAGAGUUGGGAGUGUCUCCGAGACUAGAAUUCUCUCGUCAAUGAACAGUGCCUACACAUUAGCUGUAGUUCUCUGAGCAGUGCCAUUAUGCCCCCACAGAAUUUCUGUUCAUGGAGCCCCAUGCCGCUUCUUGUUUAUAUGUUUCCAUCCAGCUGCACAACAUGUGUCUAGCUUGCUAGCUACCAUUUAACUCCAUUAAAAUAAGUAAUCUAAUCAAAGCUCCUUGCUUGUCGCUUGUGGCCGCUCUCCAAACAAAUAUUUUUACAAGUCCUAGAAGAAGUGCACCAUUUAAUUUAUAAGAAAUUUUUGUGGAAAAACUAACACUGGUGCUGUUUGUUUGUGGAGUAUAUGAACUUGAAGUUGAAUUCAACAAGAUCUAUUUUUAUCUCAUUUGGAAGGGAUCUUAUACAUUAUUCUAACCUCGUCUGCUUGGAAAGGUGUCAUUGGACUAGCUUUCGUACGCAAUUGUGUUUGUAAAUUCAUUAAUACUAAGAUGGGAUGGAUAGUGAUAUACGUGAAUUGAUUAAGAGUACUCAUUAAACAACGUUGAGGAUUGUUAAGAGAAUUAAAUCUCGAGGCUCACACUUACAAGACAAGGGUUAGGACUCUCCAGGAUGAUCCUGGAAAGACUCUUUGACCCUUAAAUCCAGGCUCAAGAGAAAAUAAUUAAUUAAAAAAAAAGAAAAUGUGAGUAUAGUUGAGAUAUCAAAGUUGAAAUAUACACUACAAAAAAAAAAAAAAAAAAAUGACAUUUAGUGACGGUUUUGAAAACCGCUGCUAAAUCAGCCGUCGUGGAGCAUUUAGCAGUGAUUUUCAGCAAUCGUUGGAGUAAUCGCCAAAAAUUACAUUUUUUGCGACGAUUUUUAAAAUAUUUAGCGGCAGUUUUUAGAACUGUCGUAAAAAUUAAAAAAAAUGAAAAAUUUUAAUUUUAGUGGCAAUUUUUAGAACCGUCGCAAAAAUUAAAAAAAUUAAAAUUUUUAAUUUUAGGAGUGGUUCUUAGAACCGCGACAAAAAUUAAAAGAAAUUAAAAAUUUAAUUUCU